UGGUGGUUUCUGCUUACGAGCGAGCGUGAAUGUGAGCGUGAGUGUGAGCGUAAGCAGCGACUGAGAACGCAAGUGUGGGAGAGAAGUUGCUUAACCAGAAGAGCCGUAAACACAACAAACGCUGCAACAAUUCAAAUCAGUUUUUGGCGGUACGCGCACCAAGGCGGUUCGUUCGUUUAGCUGCGGCGCACAAAUAAAAUUUAACUUGAAAACUCUCGCAGUCGAAGUCGAACAGCUCAUUGCUGAGUUUAGUGUGCGUAUAAAUUUUUGGCGCGUAGAGCCAAACAAAAAUUUGUUUUAAAACGAGUUCUGUGCAAAUAAAUUAAGCAAAGAGGCAAACUAUGCAUUAAGCUGGCUAAUUUGAGAGUUGGGAACUUUGCUAAUUGAAGUGGAAUUCUAGUGAAAUUUAUAUGUGAUGGCUGCCACGCCUACAAUUGUGUUUGAAAACGGCACCAUGCUGGGCGCCAUGAGCGAGCAACGGAAGCUGCCAGCGACGGCAACUCCAACAUUUGUCAUACCGGAAAUUGUGAUUAGCAGCAGUCAAAGCAGCAACAGCCUCAAUCGCAGUCGCAGCGAUAUGACUGCGAUGCAGCCAAAUGCCCAUGAGGAAUGCACUGCACUCUUGGACUAUCAGCAGCAGCAACAGACACAACAACAGCAGCAGCAGCUGGGCGAGGAGGAUACAGAGUUUGAGCAAUUCAUUUUGAAUCGCACCACAUCCGAGAGUAAUAUGCUCGAGUCAAGCAUCUACAGUGAGCUGCAAUUUCCGCACUCAGUGCCAGCAGCACAAACAACAACAACAACAACAGCAGCAGCAACCAACAAUAUGACGGCGGCAACACAACCACCCACCACGCUGGUUGACAUGCUUAAUACGAGCGCCUGUUCGCGCUCCGAUUCACGCCAGAGCAAGCGCACGCGUCGCAAGCUGCACAAGUCGCGGAGUAAGUGCAGCAGCAAUGUGGCAAUUGCGGUUGCUGGCGCGGGCGCCACAACGGCAGCGACAACAACCAGCGUGGCGCCACCUGUUGGCAGCUAUCCACCGCAAUACACAACCAUCUUUCUGGAUCACAAUGGAGCAGCAGCCGGCGCAACGCCAUUCCUCAACGCCAGCGCCGUCAAUCCGGAGUCCGCUGCCAGCUAUCUGCAGCAGUAUCAACAGUUUUAUCAACAGAACGUUGGACUAACCCAUGCCCAUCAUCAUCAUCAUUUGCAUCAUGCGCGCAGAACGCUUUUGGACGUUGCUGUACCGCUGGCCGGCAGCAGCGCCGACGGUUUGAGCGCCGCCGGCAACAAUUUGGCCAGCACGAAUCUCAACAUGUCCAACUUGGCUAAUGGUGUGCUGAGCAACGCGGAGCUGGGCUCAACGCCCCUGGGCUAUAAUUUUCGCAAAUGGUUUGCGCGUCCUUCGUUGCCUUUUGUGAUUGGCAUAUUUGCUCUGGGGGGCGUGGCCUGCACGCUGGGUGGCAUUGUGCUGGGCUCCACGGGUCUGAUUGAGCACUCGACGCAGUAUCUGAGCGCAGCGCUGCUAAUGAUUGGCAUUGGUGUAUCCUUGCUGGUCAUUUCGGGCGCCAUUUGGCGUCUGAGUCUGCCGGACGAUGUGGAUGAUUGUCCCUGCUUCAGACGCAUGGAAACCUGCCGCAAUUGCAACAGUCCGCACUGCAAUAAUCGACUGCUGCCCGGCAGUUAUCUCUAUCCAGAGUUUCAGCAUCGUCCGCCGCCGCCUUCGUAUCUAACCUCGCUGAAUGAGUAUGCGUUUGUCUAUCAUCCGGGUGCACAUGCUCAGGCCGCCGCUUAUGCCACAGUGCGCAUGAAUACGCCGCCGCCGCUCUACCGCUCCACCUACUCCUUGAACACGUCGGCUGCACACAUGCUUAAUGCUGGCAUCUCGCUGCCGCCCACUGGGGAGCUGCAGGGUGAGGAGCCGUGCCAAGUGAUUUGCACACGUGAGGCGCUGAGUCAAACCUCGUUCAAGGAAAUCGACAUUGAUGAGGAGCAACAGGCGAAUGUGCCGCUGACGCGCGAGGCGCAAAGUCAAACGCUUUUCAAGGAGGUGGAGCUGGACUAAAGCAGCGGCAACUCUCAAUCUAUUUAACACAACAAGAACAAGCAACUCUGACUGAUUUUUAUACUAAACAUAUUCACAAACGUAACUUUAACACAUAUUGACAACUGUACAAAUUUAAUGUUAGUAGCAAUUAAGUAGUACCCAAGUGUAUAUAAUUUACAUAUAUAUUUAUAAAUGUCUGAGCAUCCUAUACACACACAUAUGUAGCGUAGACUGUGCGUUAUUUUUUUAAAUGCGCGCAAGCAACGUUUUUGUUUUUAAGUUUUAGCCAAAUGCUGCCUACGGCUACUUUGGCUUUUAUUUUAUUAUGUUGAUCAUAUAUUCCAAAAUGCCAAAUUUAAUAAUAAAUGUCAUCGAGUGGCCUGAAUGUGAA